GCAGGCUUGCUCUGUAUCUGACCAGGCUUGAAUGGUUUGGUGUGUUGUGCUCUGAGCGCUGCUGCUGGGUGCUGUAAGGGGAGCUCAGGCAAGCUCCGAAGUUGCGACAUGGUAACAGUGACCUAUGAUGAUGUGCAUGUGAACUUCACUCAGGAAGAAUGGGUUUUGCUGGAUCCUUCCCAGAAGAGUCUGUACAAAGAUGUAAUGCUGGAGACCUAUAGGAACCUCACUGCUAUAGGGUACAAUUGGGAAGACCAUAAUAUUGAAGAACAUUGUCAAAGUUCUAGAAGACAUGGAAGGCAUGAAAGAACACAUACUGGAGAGAAACCCUAUGAAGGUAUUCAAUAUGGUGAAGUCUUUGCACAUCACAGUAGUCUCCAAUAUCAUGAAACAAUACAUACUGGAGAGAAAACCUAUGAAUGUAUUCAAUGUGGUAAAGCCUUUGCAAGUGACAGAAAUCUUAAAAGGCAUGGAAGAAUUCAUACAGGAGAGAAACCCUAUGAAUGUAUCCAAUGUGGUAAAACCUUUGCAUGUCACAGUGGUCUCCAAUAUCAUAAAAGAACACAUACUGGAGAGAAACCUUAUGAAUGUAAUCAAUGUGGUAAAACCUUUGCAUGUCACAGUGGUCUCAAAUAUCAUAAAAUAACACAUACUGGAGAGAAACCCUAUGAAUGUAAUCAAUGUGGUAAAGCCUUUGCACAUCACAGUCUUCUUCAAAUACAUAAAAGAACACAUACUGGAGAAAAACCUUAUGAAUGUAACGAAUGCGGCAAAGCCUUUGCACAUCAUAGUUAUCUUCAAAUACAUAAAAGAACACAUACUGGAGAGAAACCUUAUGAAUGUAACCAAUGUGGUAAAGCCUUUGCAAGUCACAGUAAUCUCCAAUAUCAUAAAAUAACACAUACUGGAGAAAAACCCUAUAAAUGUAAUCAGUGUGGUAAAGCCUUUGCACAUCACAGUCUUCUUCAGAUACAUAAAAGAAUACAUACUGGAGAGAAACCCUAUGAAUGUAAUCAAUGUACUAAAGCCUUUACAAGUCACAGUCAUCUUCAAAUACAUAAAAAAACACAUACUGGAGAGAAACCCUAUGAAUGUAAUCAGUGUGGUAAAGCCUUUGCAUGUCACAGUGGUCUCAAAUAUCAUAAAAGAACACAUACUGGAGAGAAACCCUAUGAAUGUAAUCAAUGUGGUAAAGCCUUUGCAGGUUACAAUCUUCUUCAAAUACAUAAAAGAACACAUACUGGAGAGAAACCCUAUGAAUGUAAUCAAUGUGGUAAAGCCUUUGCGAGUCACAGUUAUCUUCAAAGGCAUGAAAGAAUUCAUACAGGAGAGAAACCCUAUGAAUGUACUCAAUGUGGUAAAGCCUUUGCAAGUCACAGUUAUCUCCGAAUACAUAAAAGAACACAUACUGGAGAGAAACCCUAUGAAUGUAACCAAUGCGGCAAAGCCUUUGCAUAUCACAAUCUUUUUCAAGUACAUAAAAUAACACAUACUGGAGAGAAACCCUAUGAAUGUAAUCAAUGUGGUACAGCCUUUGCACAUUACAGUCAUCUUCAAAUACAUAAAAGAACACAUACUGGAGAGAAGCCUUAUGGAUGUAACCAGUGUGGUAAAACCUUUGCAAGUCACAAUGGUCUCAAAUAUCAUAAAAGAACACAUACUGGAGAGAAGCCCUAUAAAUGUAAUCAAUGUGGUAAAGCGUUUACAAGUCAAAAUCUUCUUCAAAUACAUAACAGAACACAUACUGGAGAGAAACCCUAUGAGUGUAACCAAUGUGGUAAAGCCUUUGCACAUCAUAGUCAUCUUCAAAUACAUAAAAGAACACAUACUGGAGAGAAACCUUAUGAGUGUGACCAAUGUGGUAAAACCUUUGCACAAAACAGUCAUCUUCAAACACAUACAAGGACACAUACUAGAGAGAAACCUUAUGCAUGUAAUCAGUGUGGUAAAGCCUUUUCAUGUCCAAAAAGCCUCCAGUAUCAUAAAAGAAUACAUCCUGGAUAGAAACAAUAUGGUAAAGCUUUGGAAGUUAUAAUCGUCUCAUAAAUCAUAAAAGAAUACAUAUUGAAGAGAAACCUUAUGAACGUAAUUGAUGUGGUAAAGCCUUUACAAGCCAGUCUCCUUCAAAUACAUAAAAGAGCAUAUACUAGAUAGCAGCAAACCAAUGAAUGUAACCAAUAUAGUAAAGCCUUUACAUGUCACAAUGGCAGGUUGUGAUGGUUGAUAACAUUGUAUUCACAGUCAGCAACCAGAGAAUGAUAAAUAUUGGUCCUCAUUAAAUAAUCCAAUGCUAAGUCCAUGGAAUGGAAUGGUGCUAUCACUUCUGGAAAUGUAGAGUCUUCUUAUUUCAAUGGACUUGAAAGCUAAUUUCCAAGCUAAUUUCUCAGAAGUACACACGUGAGACUAACACAAUCUAGAUAAAUCUUCAAAGGAGGAUUGUCUCCUGGGUGGUUCUAGAUCUUGUCAUGUUGUCAAUAUUAACCAUCACACACAAUAAAGUUUGCUUUGUUGACUGCUGUUGGAAGGAC